CAGGUGGAAAGCGCCAUUCAGUGUUUACAUAACCGCCACGCACUCGCCAAAGUUCUUCAAUUUCGAAAAAAAAAUCGAAACCACAAACGACUAGAAGACAGCACGCAGACAGAUUAGACUCAAAAAACGUGUGCUCAUUUUUUUUCCGCCUUGACAACAGCAACUUCUUGUUGCAUGUUUCUUUUCAAAAUUAUUGCUUGACGAAAUGUCAACAGGAUAAUUGAUAAUUCAAAUUUUUUACAUUUUUUACAAAUUAUUAUUUUUAACCCUAUAAUAAAAUUACACCAAUUAUACGAAAAAAAAAAGUGAUAGUGAUUGCAGUCAAAUAUUUUUGAUUGGUCUUGUUAAAGUAUUAACUAAAUUUAUUAUUUGAAACAAUUUCAAUAAGAAAAUGUUGGACAACCCGCCAAAAGCUUACACUGUAAGCAACUUCUACUGUCAAAAAGAGCAGGACGAGGAGGAACUUCUUCAGGAGCCAUGGAAAGUACCCAUUUCUACUUCGGCCAAAAAUUGUCGCAACUACAUUCGAGAAAUCGUAGACAAUCUUCAUUUGGAACCAAAUCCCAAUAAAAGAGUUAUUGCACUUUCAAUCGGUGAUCCAACUGUAUACGGAAAUCUUGCACCCGCAAAGGAAGCCAUUCAAGCAUUGGUCGACUCCGCCCUAUCCGGUGCCCAUAAUGGCUACGCUCCAUCCGUGGGUUAUGAUAAAGCGCGUAAAGCUGUAGCAGAAUAUGCAAGCCGUGAUGGUGUGCAAGUAAAACCUCGUGAUGUUAUUCUUUGCUCCGGAUGCUCAUCUUCUUUGGACAUUUGCAUUUCUGCUCUUGCUGAUGGUACCCGCAAACAAAACAUUCUCAUUCCCAAACCCGGGUUUCCAAUUUACCGCACCCUUGCUGAAAAUAUUGGUGUUGAAGUACGCUACUACAGCCUUUCACCCGAAAACAACUGGGAAAUCAACCUCUUUGACCUCGAGAAAAAAAUUGACUACAACACCGCAGCCAUUGUUGUUAACAACCCUUCUAACCCAUGUGGAUCAGUCUAUAGCGCAAGCCACUUAAAAAAUAUCCUCAAAAUAGCUCGAAAGCACCGCGUGCCUAUCAUUGCCGAUGAAAUUUACGAGCAGUUAGUCUUCCCUGGCAACAAAUUCGUAUCGCUUGCAGCUUUAAGUAAGGAUGUCCCUAUUUUGAUCUGUAGCGGACUCACAAAGAGAUUUAUUUGUCCCGGUUGGAGGAUGGGCUGGAUAAUAGUGCACGAUCCCAUCAAAGCAUUUGACGAAAUACGCGUUGGUCUAAAUAACCUCAGUCAACGAAUUAUUGGAGCUAACACAUUGGUACAAGGUGCCCUUGGUCCAAUAUUAAAAAACGUCCCGGAAAGUUUUCAUGAGGAUUUAAUCAAUACUCUGAUGGAAACAGCAAGAGUGUCAUAUGCUGGCAUAGAUGCCAUCAAGGGUUUGAAGGCAUUUAUGCCUCAAGGUGCAAUGUACAUGAUGAUAGGAAUUGAGAGUGAAUGUUUUCCGCAAUUCAGGAAUGGUUUAGAGUUUGUUUCCCGUCUUAUGGAAGAAGAAUCUGUGUUCUGUCUUCCAGGAGAGGCAUUUGGUGUGGCAGGAUUCAUGCGAAUCAUUUUAACAAUACCAAGUGAACUUAUGGAAGAAGCAUGCGCGCGAAUUGCGAUAUUUUGCGAUAAAUACUACACGCAGCCGGUAGGCAACUAAAGGCUCAAGCAAUAUAUCAAACCAUAACCGACGCCAAAGCGAGUCCGACACGACUAGAAACGUUUCAGUUCUAGUGGAAUAAAAUACUUAACAAAUUACAAAUUAGCUAAUAUAAUAUUGACGCACUGUUUAAGAAUGCCAUGAACUACACAAAUUGUAAAACACUUGUUAUGUUCUUGUAUGUAUCAAAGAUAUUAAUAUAUUUUAGUAAAAAUUA